CUUUUCUUUCAAGGGCUCUGCUGUAUGUAACUACAAAUCAAAUAUAAUCUCUAUCAUGUCAUUCCAAUUGAUGCUUUGGCUUAGUCAAUGUCACUUGUAUCUUUUCCGGGGCGAUGAAUUUCGUUCACGUGGGAAUUCUGUUCUGCGGGUGCAGGAUGAUAUUUGGUUACGCUUAUCCCGCUUACAAUUGUUUUAAAACCAUCGAGAACAACGAACCGGAGACCCAACAACUUCUCUUCUGGUGCCAGUACUGGUCUGGGUUUUCAUGUCUUGGUCCUCGUACAAUUCAAUGGUAUUGCUGGAAAUUACACUUCAAUGCGUUCUCUUCAUUCAUUUUUCGCAGGAUUUUAGUAGCUUUUCUUUCGGUCUGCGAGAGACUUGGCGAUGCAUUCAUAUCAUGGUUACCAUUGUACGGUGAAGCGAAGUUCGCUUUCUUCGUCUAUUUAUGGCAUCCCCAGACAAAGGGCACACAGUACAUUUACAGCUGCUUCUUUCGGCCAUACUUGGCGACCCACGAGAAAGUUAUCGACCGUAGCUUGCUGGAGCUGAGGGUGAUGGCAGGGGAUUCGGCAGUUUUGAUGUGGCAAAAGGCAAUGAGCUAUGGUCAGAUAAGGUUCUUCGAGUUUCUGCAGUAUGCUAAUUCUCCGUCGAAGUCGGUGCCGUGGCCCGAUCAGGAAUAUCUCAAAGCGGACGAUGAUCUAGCUAAGCAAGAGAUAGAAGCAAACACAUUGUCUAAAACUCCAUCAUCAAUGCCCAUCGGAAGCAGCAGCAGAGAACCGGUCGCGGGUCAACUCAUUGCCGAUUCUUCUGGCCAAACUAGAGCAAGCCCGCCGGACACGGUGCCAAACGGCUCAUGCUCAGGAAAUGGCAAAUCGAAUCCGCCUCAACUUGAAGAUGUGGAACGGACAUUGCACAGGGAGAAGGAUUCCAAAUGGAGAAUGUUUGAGCUUGCUAUCAAUCGCCUGAGACGGCGAAGAGCAGCAACUCAUAUGAGUAGAUAGUCAGCACAAUGAGAUGACACAUAUUCUUCUUCUUCUUUUUUCCACUGUAUUUUUUGCUGGUUGAUCGAAAUUUAGA